AUGGCCAGAAGAUUGGAUCAGGGAGGGACGGAUUCCUCUACAAUCAUGCGUCGUCAAGAUGGACGACGGUUUGAGAUCGAGAUCAUGACAUCCUCGCGGGCCGCUAUUUGGACGCGGAUGAACGGAUUCAUGCAGGAGAGUUUGCAUGAGGAGGAGCCAAUUGAAGUUGUCGAUCUAGUGUCGGACUUCGAGACCAUAAUACCUAAGCCGAACAUCGGAGGAAGGUUUUGGGUUCUCGCGGACCACGAAGACAACGUGGGCGGGCGCGUCUUGCCAAUGACUACUGACGUAAAGACCAAGUUAUCCACACCUCUGUGUGAAUCGUUCUCGAUGCUCGCGCCGGCCAAGGGGCACAAGGACAGGAAGGUUUUGGAUCAAAAAUCGGAGGGGCUCGGUAAACCCUCGUCGAUGAAGAUCAAGCCAUGGAAAGGUUCCCUUCCCAAGUUGUUUGGACCUCCGAAAGAUAAUGCCGUGACUCUAGAUGAGAGUGUACUGGCAGAUAUCCCUCAGUUCCAGUCAGAGGAGAAUGAGAUCCUUUCUGCUCCUUUUACUGAGAAGGAGGUGCUUGAGGACACCGGCCCAGGCUCCGCCACUCCGCCCAACCCCGAGACCCUCUUCCUCCUCCUUUCUCCUUCUCCAGCAAAAGCUUCCUUCUUCUCGGCGACGGGGAGGAGAAAACCAGUUACAUCUACGACUUCGGUUCCGGAGCUUCAAGCCACCCAGGCUGAAAUGGGUUCAGCUGAGGAUGAGUUCACCCCACUGUCUCAGUUAAAGUAUGGAAUGGACAAGUGCAAAGUGCAGGUGCGCAUCUCGUGGCUGUGGGAGUCCUUCAAUCCAAAAAAUGACACUUUGUUCGGCCUUGACUGCCUUCUGAUCGACGAUCAGGGUAAGACUAUGCAGGCGCGUGUAGAACCCGGUGAUAUAGAGCGGUUUGAACAUAAGCUAGUUGAAGGGCAGGUCUAUGCCUUGUCAGAUUUUCAUGUUGAUGUGCAGAGGGACUACUAUAUGUCAUGUAGCAAUGAGUGGACUAUGUACAUUAGAAGGCAGACGGUGGUCACUGAGAUAGAAGGAGAUAUUGAUUCGAUUCCCCUCUACAGCUUUAAAAAGGGCAACCUGGUGCAUGUAGCUCCCGCUUGCGCAGGGUCCAGGGAAGGGUCCGACCACUUUGGGUCUAUAGUACGCAGCCUUUCCCUACAUUUCUGUAAGAGGCUGUUUCCAGGACUUGAACCCAUGACCUCAUGGUCACAAGGCAGCAGCUUUACCACUGCGCCAAGGCUCCCCUUCAGCUUUGAGUUUGUUAAUUUUAAGGAUCUCCGUUCUAGGUGUGGUGACAACAGCUUAUUGACAGAUGUUCUGGGACACGUAGUAGGUGUCGGGGAGCUACAGGAGGUCACAAAAAGAUCCCGUGUUAUAGAAAUUUGCAAUGCAAGCAUUCGGGACUUGAGAGGAAAGGUACUGGGUGUCACACUGUAUGGUGAUAUUGCUUCUGGUUUUGCUGAGGAUAUGGCCGAGAAAGGCAAAGACGCCUCGGUUGUUGCUGUCUUUGCAGGGAUGUCUGUUGAUUCCUCAUCAUCAGUUUGCUCUACAACGUCUUCAGAGUACUAUUUGGAUUUGGAAAUACCAGAGGUGCAAGAAUUCCGUGCGAAUUUGCGCAUUCAGCAAGCAAACCCUGUUCCCAAAAAAACCCCAGCUCAGAAGUUAGCCGAGAGUUGGCGAACAAUCGAACAGCUAAAAAAACUUGAUCCGGAAGAGUAUGACGAGGAUACCACGUUUUUGUGCAGAGUCUCCCUGAUAGACAUAGAUUGCAGCAACGGUUGGUGCUAUCUUGGAUGCGACACCUGCCAGAAGUCCAUGUACGGGGCCCCAAGGAAAUACAAGUGCGCCCGAUGUGGCCCGAUCAAGAGGCCAGUUCAGUGGUACAAGCUGAAGGCGAAGGUGGAAGACGCCACAGGCACAAUGGACCUGAUGAUCUUCUGCGAGGUGGCGGAGGAGCUGGUCGGUGUCUCUGCAGAGGAGCUUGUCGAUAACAUUGAGGAAGACGACGAGUGGUACGCCCUGCCAGACGAAAUCGAGGAUCUUCUUGGCUCGACGCACACCUUCCAGGUUUUCGACAAGUACGUGAAUGGGAGCUUCGCGGUGAGGUCGAUCAUGGACGAUGCUAGCGUCCCAGCCCCAGCUGCAGCCGCUAGCCAAUGCAAGGAGAAGGCUGACCCUGAGGGGAGCCAGAAGCCUAGCAAGCGCCUGCGAGGGGAUGACGACUCGAUCAACUAGGGAAUGGGGGAGCACUCUGGGAGUAGUAAUAGUGUAUCUAGGGUAAUGCGUCUGAAAGGAUCAGGCAAUGGAUCUCUCUGUUAUCCUUCUUCUACCUGGGAACUCCUGCAUCUACUGCUGUGGCUCGACUAGUGAUGGUGGUGGGUAACAACAGACUAGAACCCGUUUAACGCUUUUGAACAUUGCUUACCUCUAUCUAAACGUAUUUUAGUACUAGAUACAUCCAUUUUCGAGACAAGUAAUUCCGAAUGGAGGGAGUAGAUUCAAUGGCUCACGAGGCAAGUUUUCAGACUUUCACCCAAAUCAAGUUCUCACUGGAUACAUCAUCAUUGGAGUAAAUUUGAAAUGAAGUGAACUAUAUACAAUGGAGCUUACAUAGGCGGACAGGGCAAAUCCAGUUUAUUUUCCAGUUGCUUGAGGUCAUGUUCCUAGCUGCUGCGAAUACAAAAUAAUUUCCAUUUUGUACUUCUAGGUUUGGACAAAGUUCAGACAACACUGAAGUUUCAAUGUGCCCAUAAACAG